CGUCAGGUGACGCAAUAAAAAGCGUGUUUCCCCAUUGGUUGAUUUUGGCCGUUGGCUCCUCCCCGCGGGAAGAUUUGAAAAACGCAGAAAAAACGAAGAAUCAGAAGUUCGGUGUUUGACGGAGGAGGACAACACAGAAUUUAGGUCUGCUUACAUUUACUCGUUUGUUGCCUCUCACGCAGCCAUGGCCCCCAGGAAAGGCACCACCAGAAAACGGAAAAACAACGCCAAGGCUGCCAAGGUGGAGGCGUUUCUGGACGACUUCAACAGCGAAGUCAAGACCAGAGUUGAACACAUGAAAGAGAAGCUCAAACAUAUGUUGAAGGAUGUUGACAACAGCUACAACAUGGCAUUAAUUAAGCUCCCUGUGACCGUUAGGAAGAUGCUGUGGGUGGAGUAUUUCAAAUUUGAGAAACCAAACUUCCCAGAUGCAGAGAAUGUAAAGCAGAGUGAGGAAGAAGCUGCUGCAGUGAAGAUAAUCGAGGAAGAAGAUCACGAAGUCCUUCUAAAAUCAGUCAAAAAAAAGUCAAAGAAAAAACGUGAUGUCAAAUCCAAUUUGGAGGAUGAAAACACUCCAAGCACAGUGAGGAAGACGAGAGCUGCUAAAAAACCCCCAACAACAUCAAGAAGAGCCAAAGCCUUGUCCGUCAACAAGGAGAACACAGCCAUCAGACGAUCCACCAGGAAGCCCUUGGUCACGCCCGCUAGAAGUGUUCUGGAUUGUUCAUUGAUGAUGGGCUCCACUCCUCUAGUCACGCCUCGCUUUGACCCGAGGCUUCCUAAGACCCCUGCUGUGAGAGUUCCCCGCCACAAAGAGAGGGUCUAUAGCAUUUCGGUUAAUGGCUCUCCAAUUGCAGCCGGCAGUGAGGACAUUGUCAUCAACGUUCCCAUCGGCAACGGGGAGAGCAUUCAGCUGUUGGCCAGUCAGAUGGACUCAGUGGACCUGUCUCAGCUGGAUGAAACGGCUUGUAAGAGCCUUCGGCUGCUGCAGAAUCGCCUCACAACCCUGUGCUCAAAACCAGAGUGAUCUCAUGUAUAUAUUUGGGCUUUUGUAAGAUAAUUUCUUAUUUGUCAGACUGAAUGUGUCCAGUCUGUUUGUUGGACUGAAUGUGUCCAGUCCUUGUCAGAGCAGUUUGUCUUUUUUUUUUUUUUAUGCUUUUUAUGCUUUUGAGCAAAUACACUUUUACCAUAGCACUAAAUGUGUAUAAUGUUUUCUGUUUUAUUCUGAUUUUUUUUUCUUUUCUCUCAUUUGAUUUGCUGUAGUGGACCGUUGGGCUGUGUACCUUUGCCGAAUGAGCAGCAGGUGGCAGCAUUUUCCCACAGACUGUUUAGUGAUCAGCGUCUCUCCUGAUCUUCCUGUUAAGUCGAAAUAGAUUUAAGCCCCUUGUUUUGAGUUUUCUAACAUAGUGUGGGAGAAAAUAAAAAGAUCUGUGCUGUACAGGUUUUAAUAAGG